AUGAGAGUGCACCAAAGCGAUCACAGGUAUUCAGUAUUUCGUUGUUGUGUUGUCGUGUUGGGUGGUUUCAAUAGUGAAGUCAGAGGUGCAGAUUCGAAUCAGACCAAUGAGCAGUUCCGUGGAGUUUCGACACAAGGAGGAUUUUCCAACGUAGAUGACGGUGUUGUCGUAGGGGGUCAUUUUUCUAUAAGGGAAGCUCAAGAUAUUGUUGGUGAUCUGGUACAAGAUUAUUUAAGUUCACGAUUACCUCGAAAAGCACCGAAAAUUCAGGCGAAUGACUUGGAUUGGAUUAUGGAUUAUAUUGAACGUGUGUUGGCCGAUCAUACUCCUAAAGGAGCGGCGGGUGGUUGGUGUAAAUGGCGUUGGAUAUGGCUGGCAGGAGUGUUGUAUGAUAAUCUGGAUCGCAGAAGAGUGCUUGCCCUGCUUGAGAGGUGCGCAGCCAAAGUUAGUCGCCCCCCGGAUAUAACGGAUCAGUGGUUCUUGGCGAAAUUUCUGCAAGGGUUUCUGACUACCCAUACCAUGCACAAAUUGAGUGGUCUAUUGGGCGCUACGUCUGAAGAAGGCUGUGAGAGUACCUUGAUCAUUCACGACUGGACCAUGGGACGUCAUUUCGUUCGAUUUCCGGCGACGACCGAGUCGGAGCGACAGGUAGUAUACUCAAUGCUACGAAUUGCGCACUGGCUAUUCGCAACGAAGGAAGAGAAAGGUAACUUCCAGAAGGUUUUGAUGGUUGACGGUCACUGGACCUCUGUCGACGAUUUGGCCAUUGAGAUGACAUCAUUUCUUUAUACUCUAUGGGGACCCGAGCGGUUCAGGAUAAUGACUCGAACGGUCAGAAAGUUACUACCAGUUAAUGCUCAGAUGUCAGAUGCGUGCUUUCUCGCAUGUUUCUUGCGGGCCGUAGGUUGCCUAGAUCAGAAACCCAUUCGAACCUUUUGUGCGGAUAUUGGAUUUUCCUUCCAAGGUGAAAAUAAGUUGUGGAUUAUUGCCGACCAAGGACCAGAGAUCUUUAGGCGACUACCCCAAAUCAAACUACAGACCAACGGACCGCUAAAUGCGUCUACUACAGUCAACCAGGUGGGACCGUCAUCAAAUGUCACUCCGUCGUUCCAUGACGUUCCAUCAAAAGUUCGUGUUGGACAACCUGUGGAUGCCCAUGUGGAAGAAGUUCAAAAAUUUGUUGCUGAUAUGAUACAUGAGUUCAGGAACAAAAUUGGUGAGUCGUCGCUAGCAAUGAAGCCCGUAGGUAACGCAGGAGUACAUGAGAAAGUUUUGCGUAACCUCGAACAAAAGACCUUAAACCCGAAGAGGAUUACGACGUGUUUGGCUGCCGAUACAGGAGCGUGUGGAUGGCGGAGGGCUAGACUUGCGGGAGAGCUGUAUGACCGACUGGAUCGUGGCAGACUGGUGGCGCUGCUCGAAAGAUGUGCGACUGUAGUUCGUCGACCGGCUGGAAUGAGCGAUCAGUGGUAUCUGGCAAAACUCAUACAGAGUUUCGUCACAGGUGAGGCUGUAACGAGACUUUCCCUUCGUAUUGGAAUCAACCAAGUCCAACGUCCACGAGUUAAACAACGUCCAAAACGCAUGCUUAACAUGCCCGAUAUCGUGAUGGAACGUCACUUCUGUGGACUGCCGGAAACGAACGAAAAUAACAAACUGAUAAUCUGGUCGGUUUGUCAGGUUAUGUCUUGGCUACUUAAGACAAGACUGCGCGAACCCUAUUUUAAGCUCAUCGCAGGCAGAGACACCCAUUACUGGUUUGGUAUCAAUACUGGAAUUAUUGAACUUACAGCAUUUCUAUUCAGGCUCUGGGGUCCCGAACGCUUUAGGAGUGUAGCCAAAUUUGCCAGGACACUGCUUCCCGUAACUGCCGCGGAAAUCUCAGAUGCAUGUUUCUUGGGCUGCUUCUUGCGCGGAAUGUCCUCUACGUGUAUACGUGUAUUCCACACACUCUGUUCCACCACUGGCUUUUCCUACACCAGAGACGAGUUGGAGAUGCCGAAGCCAUGCAAAGACGAAGGCCCCGAGUUCUUUGGGCGCUUGCCACCCAAUUGGGAAACCAUUACGACCGAGGACUUCAAUGUGGAGUCACAUCCCCGUGUCCUCUCGCAGUCCGUGGCCCAUUUCGAGACAGCUCCACACACCCAUGGUUCCGAUUCCAAGAUCGGGCUACUUCCGGUAGCUGCCGAUCCGCUCACUGCCGAUCCUGCUGAUCCGGUAACUGCCGAUCCGGUAAUUCCGACGCCAGUAGCUCUGGUGACACAUCCGAGGACGCCUGCGAUGGUCAACCAUUCCGCGAUGGUCAACCAUCCCGCGAUGGUCAACCAUGCCGCGAUGGUCAACCAUCCCGCGAUGGUCAACCAUGCCGCGAUGGUCAACCAUCCCGCGAUGGUCGUGCUGUCGCCAAUUUCGCACGAAGAUGCGUCUCGCUCAGCCAUGCAGCAUGCAGCGGCACUCCACGCGCGGCUUUGCGCCUCAUAUGAGGCUUUGGAUCUGCGAAAACGGACCGGAGUCGAGAACGAGGAAAGUUGGGGGGGGAAGAGAGGAAAGUUUCCGGACGCCCCCGGGUCCACGCGAAAGCGACCGUAA